AUGAUGCAGAACUUGAUUCCAGAAACAGGGAUGAAGUGGAAGCCAGCUGAAGCUCAAAAUCUCUGUAGCAACUUUGGCUGCGGGAUUCCUGCCCACCCACCCACUGUAUCUAGAGUUGUUGGAGGGGAAGACGCAAGACUUUACAGCUGGCCCUGGCAGGUUAGCCUCCAUCAAUACAGUUCAAAUGGCAAAUGGUAUCACACCUGUGGAGGAACCCUCAUUGCAACCAACUGGGUGAUGACAGCUGCACACUGCAUCAGUUCUUCUAGGAAAUAUCAAGCACUUCUUGGAAAAUACAACCUAGCAGCUGUGGAAGAAGGAUCAAUUGCACUUCCUCCAGAAAAAAAAAUCAUUGUCAAUGAGAACUGGGAUCCACAGAAUGUUGCAAAUGGGUAUGACAUUGCUUUGAUCAAACUCACUGAACACGACACCUUAAGUGACCACAUUAAGCUGGCCUGCCUCCUCCCUGCACAAAGCAUCCUAUCACCCAGCGCUGCCUGCUAUGUGACAGGAUGAGGAAGACUGCAGACAAAUGGAGCUCUUCCAGAGGACCUGCAGCAAGGCCUUUUGCUGGUGGUGGAUUAUGCAACUUGUUCCAAGCCUAGCUGGUGGGGACGCACAGUGAAACCCACCACGGUUUGCGCUGGUGGGGAUGGAGUCACCUCCAGUUGUAAUGGGGACUCCGGUGGCCCGCUGAACUGCCAAGGUGCUGCUGGCAGGUGGGAAGUGCAUGGUAUCAUCAGCUUUGGCUCUGCUUUUGGCUGCAACUAUUAUCACAAGCCUUCUGUCUUCACUUGGGUCUCUGCUUACAAUAGCUGGAACCAGCAGGUUAUGGCAACCAACUAAUCCAAAGAAAACUAGAUGAUAGAUGCCAAGAAGGAAAACAGUUUGAAUAGUCAU